AUGGAAGGCAGUUAGGCAAAAUAUAAUUACUUUUUGAAGUAGAAUAUAUUUGAGAGUAAAUCAGAAUCAAGUCUAUUUGUAUAUAAAAGAUAACAAUGUAAAUAUAAACCGUAUAUAAUUAAUGAUAAAUGUCCUUCACCUGUAAGAAAGAUAAGCAAUACUCCAUAUAAAGUUUUAGAUGCUCCUUAUUUAAAAGAUGAUUUUUAUUGUUAGUUAGUAGACUGGAGUUCUAAAAAUUAAAUAGGAGUGGGUUUAGAUAAUUCAGUGUAUACAUGGAAUGCUUAAACUAGCGAAACAAUUUAAUUAUUAGAAAUAGAAGCUCCAUCAUAUAUUAGUGCAGUGAAAUGGUGUUAUCGAAAUGAUUUGAUGGCAGUUGGUGAUGAUAAUGGGACUGUGAGAAUUUAUGAUAUUAACAAAGGUGCAAUAUUAUAAACAUAUGAGAAUCAUGAUAGAAGAGUAGGUUGUUUGGAUUGGAAUGGAUUAUGCAUUACAAGUGGUAGCAGAGAUAAGACAAUAUUAUUAUAAGAUAUUAGGACUAAAAAUGAUUUUGAAAUUAAAUUCUCAUUUCAUAAACAAGAAGUUUGUGGAUUAUAAUGGAGUCCAAAUGAAUCAUACUUAGCUUCAGGAGGUAAUGAUAACAAUGUUAUUAUACAUAAUAUCAGAAUGUCUAAUAAACCAUUAUAUAUAUUUCGAGAUCAUUCUGCUGCCAUUAAAGCAUUAGCAUGGUCUCCAAAAGAAAAUAAUAUUUUAUGUAGUGGUGGUGGUACAACUGAUAAAUCAAUAAAAUUUUGGAAUAUCUCUAAUGGUCAACUUUAAAAAAGUAUUGAUACAGGCAGUCAAGUUUGUAGUGUUAAAUGGUCUAUCAAUACUAAUGAAAUUGUUACUACUCAUGGGUAUACAUAUAUAUAUUUAAUUCUUUAGAUAUUCCCUUAAUUAAAUUAUAAUCUGGAAAUUACCUAAAAUAGAAAGAAUUGCAGUCCUUCAUGGUCAUUCUCUGAGAGUCCUUUAUUUAGCACUUAGUCCUGAUGGAGAAAAUGCUGUCACUGGAAGUGGAGAUUAAACCCUUAGACUUUGGAAACUAUUCCCUUAAAUACAUUAAACUUCUUUUUCUUCACACAUUUCACUAAUCAAAUAAGCUAAUUUAGAUAUUAGAUGA